CGCAUUUACCAGCGUGCGUUUGUACAUAAGUCAGAAAUCAUCGUUCAUGUGGUGCACAAGGUGGUUCCUACCGUUGUUACUUUUACCUCUCCCAACUGCUCAACCAUACUUUUUGGUGCUGUUCCUGUUUUCAUUAGCUUUGCACGCGAAACCAUGCUUCUACUGUAUUGUACUUCUCGGAGCUCUCUUUCUGUCAUCAUGUUAUUGGCAGUCAUUUCCAUUGGAGACGCGCCUCUCAAUUCCAUGGUCCCCCACUAUCACCACCUUUUAUGAUGCAUUAGAAACAUCCUUGCCACCCAAUUUCGACCUGGGCGAGCACACUCCACCUAUAAUUCGUGUCAAUGACAGAUGCUGGUGCGAUUUUGCUGCAGGAAUUUUCAAAUCAUACGAUAUGCAGAAAUGGGAGAGGGAAAGUGUGGAGAAACUGGCUGCAGAUAUGGUGCAGCAGAUGAAGGAUCGUGCGGAGAAGCUCACCGGAGCAGAGGAGCUACCAAACGCCGAGGAAGAAACAUUAUCACCUGAGGAGACGCAUUUCUCGGCAAAUCAUAUCGUACACGUCAUACCCUCCCAGAAGUCCACAUUAUCAGCGCUUCGCUCGAUGUUCGGUAAAACAGAGGCUCAAGCCACAGCAUCCAUCACAGAUACGGAACCGUUAACAACAGCGACAACGACGUCAGUUUCCGACUCCAAGCCAUCCCCGACGUCGCCGCCACCACCCCUUCGUCGACCACUUGAAUAUGACUUCAAUCCGUACGGCUUUGAUCUCAUUCUCGAUUUUCAUUGGUCUUGAGGUUGACAGAAAAAUUAGUAUACGACGCAUGCUACUCAACACAGCUUGUAUCAAUAUUUUAAUUAUAGACUGCAAGCACUACUUCUGUUGUAUACUAUAUGUAUGUGCCUGAAGUAGACUUUUGAAUGCUGUCGAGCGUG